CUUUCUAAUUCGGAUUGUUUUCAUAUUACACAUUCAAGUUUUUAUUUUCAAAACAAAAUUAUCUCUGAUAUAUUAAGCGUAGCUUAUUUACUUAAAGUUUCUCUGUAAUAUUCUUAUCUCAUUCCGCAAUGAAUACUUUAGUAGGACAACCACGAAUUAUGAAUGUUCCCCAGCAUUCCACUUUGUCACAAUCUGAUCAAGAGAAGGUUUAUCAAUGGAUCAGUGAAUUAGCAAGGCCAGAUACAAGGGAAAAUGCACUUUUAGAAUUAAGUAAAAAGAGAGAAGCUGUCCCAGAACUCGCUCCUAUGCUCUGGAAUUCAUUUGGUACUAUAACUGCAUUGCUCCAGGAAAUCAUUAAUAUAUAUCCUGCAAUUAACCCACCAACUCUUACCGCUCACCAAUCUAACAGAGUAUGCAAUGCUUUGGCCCUUCUGCAGUGUGUUGCAUCACAUCCUGAAACACGUUCUGCAUUUCUUGCUGCAAAUACACCUCUUUAUCUCUAUCCAUUCUUGCACACUGUUAGUAAAACCAGACCAUUUGAGUACUUGCGACUUACGAGCCUUGGUGUUAUUGGUGCUUUAGUGAAGACUGAUGAACAAGAAGUAAUUAAUUUUCUUUUGUCUACUGAAAUCAUUCCACUUUGUUUACGAAUAAUGGAAGCUGGAAGCGAGCUUUCAAAGACGGUUGCAACAUUUAUUUUGCAAAAGAUUUUACUAGAUGAAACUGGUUUAAAUUACAUCUGUCAAACUUAUGAAAGAUUUUCACACGUUGCAAUGAUUCUUGGAAAGAUGGUGAUAGCAUUGUCAAAAGAACAGUCAGCUAGGUUAUUGAAGCAUGUCAUUCGAUGUUACCUGCGUCUUUCUGAUAACCCUAGGGCUCGUGAAGCAUUGCGGCAGUGUCUACCUGAUCAGUUAAAGGAUAACACUUUCAGCAUAUGCUUGAAGGAAGAUAAGUCAACAAAGCAUUGGUUGAGUCAGCUAUUGAAGAAUCUGGAAUCAGCACCUGUUACGGAAGAAAGAUUGACAUACCCUAUGCAAUAGUGAAGCGUUGUAAUUUUUAAGACUUGUAUAAAAUGUCUUUUGCAACAUAUUGAACUUCUUUUAGUUGCAACUCAUCCCUUUCUGUACAUAAAAUGUUUAUGAACACAUAUGCAGUUUUGAUAUGAAUUUAAAUAGAAAUAAUUAUUGCUAAUGCCUUCUAUUACUGUUUUCUAAAAUACAGUUUGUUUGUUUAAAAGUAUUUAUUUAGCUAUGUAUAAAAAAAGAACAAAAUAACUUGAAAAGAAUCUAUAUGACAGCUGUAUAUCAUUUUUUUCUUUACUGUAUUGGUAAUUUACAGGUUUAUAACAUGAUUUUUUAACCCCAAUUGUACCACUUCAUUUUAAUUUUCUAAGCUGUUAAGUGCUUUUUAGUUUAAGUAUCUUACUUAUUUUUUCCACAACAGUUAUGUCACAAUUGAAUCACAUGCUUAAAUUUUUUCAGUGAAAUGAUAUUUUAUUUAUAAUCUUUUUUGUAACUUAAUUAGUUAGUUAUUGAAUAUGUCAAAUCAGUUUUAUAAAUAUCUUGAGAAUCUCAUAAUAUUAAUUAUUGCAUGCAUUAAUAUGAAGAAUGGCAGCUCGCAAAAUGUUUUACUGACUUAUAUUGAAUUACUAUAUUUCUGCUUCUUGUGUUGAAGAGCUAAAUAGAUAAAAUAAUAAACCUAUCUUAUUAUUUACUUCCCAUAUUUUUUUAUUUGAUUUCAUUAAUUAUAGUUGGCAGUAUGGAAUCCAUAAUCUGAAUAACUACUAAUAGUAAACUAUAAAGAAUUAAAAUAAUACUAUACUCCAGUUGAUAAGAAGAAUGAUUGGGUUUGUCAAAUACUAGUCAAAAAGUCAUAUUUUGAAUCGAGUUAAAAUUAUGUUGCCACUAAAAUUAUAGAAAUAUAUGAAGUCAACAAAUGUGAUAAAUCAUUUACAUGAGAUCUCAAUUGUACUGGCCAUAAAUAAUAAUCUGUAUUUUUUGAGGAAUAGCUUUCCAUAUGUGGUUUUUUAAUCCAUUGAUAUAGCAAAUUUUUCUAAUGAGUGGUCACAUAAUUUUAACUCUCCCUGUAGACUAAUGCAGAUUGCAAUAACAGAGAAAAAAAUAAGUGUAUUUGGAUCUUUUUUGUUAUUAUUUAUUGUAAUAGUAUAAAAAAAAAUUCAAGCUAGUUGAAGUUCAUAUUAAUCUUUAUAUAGUAGUGUGAAUAAAUUCUCUAUAAAGCGAUUUUUUUUUUUUUUUUUUUUUUCCUUGAAGGGCUGUAAUAUCUGUGAUGUUUUUUAUAACUUUUACUGACUGAAAUAGUUAUCAUUUCUUUCUGAGUAUGCUCUGCAAAAAUAUGUGUGUGAUUUUUAAGCAGUUAAUGUAAAAUGUGGUCAUUGUUGCAUUUGCUGGGAAUAGUAUACAAAAGUUUUAAGACAAGUUGGAAUAUUUUGUAAUCAUUAUAUAUUAGUAUUAUGAAAUUCUUUAAUUAGGAGUUUUUUGCAGAGAUGUAGCAUCUGUGAUUUCCUUGAUUAUUCUUUUUUGACUGAUAUGACUACCAUUUCUUUGUGAAUGUAAGUUGAGGGAAAAUAUGUGUGUAUUUUUUGUGAGACAUUUAAUGUCAGAUGUGGACCUAAUUGCAUUUGCUGUGAAUAUCUUUAUGUGUCACUGUUCUCACAGAGGAGAGAGUGUGCAGCAGUUUGGUGGAUGUAUGCACAAUUUUUUUAAAUGCAUUCUUCCUGUUUUCAAGGACAGAAUUGCCAUACUUUGUUUGCACACAAUUAAAGCUGUGAGUUCAUGUGAAAUUUUAAUUGAAUAAAAAAUAUUUUUUAUUCUUGA